AUCUGAACUCCGUAUGAAGCCACCUCUCGAACUGGACUCGGUAAACAAUUCAUUAGUCCGUCCCAAGUAACCUUAUUGCCGUCGGUUUUGAUUCUAUGUUCUCAUACUAUGAGUUCGGAAUCUUGCGCAACAAGUCCUCUUCAAUCGGAGAAACAUCACGGAAAAAUAUCCAAAUCAAAGCAACGACGGCAAAGUCUGUAUGUGCAAUAUGCGCCUCGGAAAAGAACCCAUGGUUUAUUCAGAAGGUAGUUAGGGGGCGCGUCUUCAAUGGAUAUAUGAAUAGAAAUCCGCCAGUUGAAGGGCGAAUAUCGAAGCAGGCAGAUCAAUCUUUCAAACAGUCCAACAUAGGACCGAACAUACAAUAUACACUCAGCACUCUCUCAAUAAAAACUGGCCUUUAAGCAAGAAAAAUACUCGAAAUGCAUUCCUCACGAUUCAUUGCUGUCCUGUUGCUCGUGGCUGUCUCUUCCACAGCAGCACCAGUCCCUACACCAGGUACUGGCGUACUGAUAAACGCUAAAUUCCCGAUGGAGAUUGUCAAUCGUCAAUCUACAGACGACCAUGCUCCACCUGCACAUAUCAAGGAACGUCAAUCUACAGAUGACCACGCUCCACCUGCACAUAUCAAGCGCCAAUCCACAGACGACCACGCUCCUCCUGCACAUAUCAAGGAGCGUCAAUCUACGGACGAUCACGCUCCUCCCGCACAUAUCAAGCGCCAGUCUAUAUGCACCGGCCAUACCAAUUUACCUGCAUCCACCGAAGAUCACAUCGAAGAGCGUCAAUCCGCCUGCCUUGGCUUGAUCAAGGAAUGAAAAACCACUGAUUAUCGUCCUCGUGUGAUGUCUAAGCACCAGAAAAAGAGGAGCACAAAGGGGAGGACUUUUUUAAGUUCUUCCUAACACACUCGUUUUGCGCUGAUUGACUUGGUUUUGCAAUCUGGGAAGAUUUAUCGCUUUCGUUAUUGAAAUUCGUAUGUAUGAGAGAAUGAAAUUGGCGAAUGAUUGCUUUGAGGUAAUUCUGAUCGUCUUUGAGAUGUAUUUUAGAUUGUAGUUGUUUUUCUCAAUGUCAAGGAUGC